AAUUUCGGUUCAUUAUUAGGAUUAUGUCUUAUUAUUCAAAUUUUAACUGGAUUAUUUUUAGCUAUACAUUACACUGCUGAUAUUGAAACAGCUUUUAAUAGAGUAAAUCAUAUUUAUCGAGAUGUUAAUAAUGGAUGAUUUUUACGAAUUUGUCAUGCUAAUGGAGCUUCCUUUUUUUUUGCUUGCUUAUUUAUCCAUGUAGGACGAGGAGUUUAUUAUAGUUCUUAUUUAUUUACUCCAACAUGAAUAAUUGGAGUAAUUAUUUUAUUUAUAGUAAUAGCAACCGGAUUUUUAGGAUAUGUUUUACCAUGAGGACAAAUAUCCUUUUGAGGUGCCACAGUAAUUACAAAUCUUUUAUCAGCAGUUCCUUAUUUAGGAACAGAUCUUGUUCAAUGAAUUUGAGGAGGAUUUGCAGUUGAUAAUGCUACUUUAACACGAUUUUUUACAUUCCAUUUUAUUUUACCUUUUAUUGUACUAGCUUUAACAAUAAUUCAUUUAUUAUUUUUACAUCAAACAGGUUCAAAUAAUCCAUUAGGAUUAAAUAGAAAUGUAGAUAAAAUUCCAUUUCAUCCUUAUUUUAUUUAUAAGGACGUAUUUGGAUUUGUAAUUUUUAUUUGAAUUUUAAUUGGAUUUAUUUGAAAAUUUAAUUAUUUAUUAAUAGACCCAGAAAAUUUUAUUCCUGCUAAUCCUUUAGUUACUCCUGUUCAUAUUCAAGCAGAAUGAUAUUUUUUAUUUGCUUAUGCAAUUUUACGAUCAAUUCCUAAUAAAUUAGGAGGAGUAAUUGCAUUAGUAUUAUCUAUUGCUAUUUUAAUAAUUUUACCUUUUACUCAUAUUAGUAAAUUCCGAGGACUUCAAUUUUAUCCAUUAAAUCAAAUUUUAUUUUGAAAUAUAGUAAUUGUAGCUUCUUUAUUAACAUGAAUUGGA